AUGUCUAAUUUAAUUUCAUAUGAGGCUGACGACUACGAGUACUACGAUGAGUACACACAAAUGGAGCAGGAUCCUUUCCGCCAGCAGCAGCCCUCAGAGGACCCUGACUGGUUUGAGGCAUAUUUUGGCUACAGCGAUACCAGAAAAGCAGACCCAUGCUCCUCCAGCCCCUGCAAGAACAACGGUAGGUGUGAAAACAGAGGAAGAAGCUUCAGCUGUCUCUGCCCCAAGCCGUAUGCUGGGACUACGUGCGAGAAAGUGAAGGACAUGUGUUUGGAGAAGAGGUGCCGCGGGGGAGACUGCCUGAUUACAUUAACCCCACCUUAUUUUCAGUGCAGCUGCAAUCACCCCUACAUGAUGCCCGACUGCCAACAAGCAUCUUCACCGUGCAGACCAAACCCGUGCAAAAAUGGAGGUACCUGCAUACGGCACAGAAUCAGAUCGAAAUUCACCUGCAAGUGCCCCGAACCUUUCAGAGGGAGAUUCUGUGAGAUCGGACUGGAUGAUUGUUAUGAAGAGGCCUCCUCUACGUACAGAGGAAGAGUGAACCAAGCAGUGAAUGGCAAGACCUGCCUGCACUGGAAUUCCCAUAUUCUCUUGGACUACCCUAUUAAUGCCUUUAUGGAGGAUGCUAACUCUUACGGCAUUGGUGAACAUAACUUCUGCAGGAAUCCCGAUGAGGAUGAAAAACCCUGGUGCUACAUCAGAAAAAAUCACAAAGUGGAAUGGGACUUCUGUGAUGUUUCACCCUGCUCAGGAACAGCUGAAGAGAGCCCAUGGCCAACAGACAGCCCAACAGACCCACCUGUAUCAAAUGAAAUAUUCGAAACAUGUGGACAACCAGAAAUUCAAAGGACACUCAAGAGGAUCUAUGGUGGAGCUAAGACUACAGCUGGCAAACAUCCCUGGAUGGCAUCUCUGCAGAUAAAGACUUCAAAAAGGAGCAGACAUUUCUGUGGUGGAGUGCUAAUUAAAGCAUGCUGGGUUCUUACUGCUGGGCACUGCAUUGACCAACCAGCAGAAAAUCUCCAAGUAGCCCUUGGAAAGCAAGACCUCAAGAAGAGAGAGCAUCAAGAGCAAAUAUUUGAUGUGGAGAAGAUCAUCGUACAUUACAAAUACAUACAGAAGGACGAUGUCCCACACAAUGAUAUUGCCCUACUUAAAUUGAAGCCAGUUGAUGGUCACUGUGCAGUGGAAACGAAGUAUGUGAAAACAGCAUGUCUGCCUAAUUUCUUCCUUCCUGUUGGGACUGACUGCUUCAUUUCUGGAUGGGGCACAACAGAGACAGAUGAAGUAUCCCGUCAGCUGUUAGAUGCCAAUGUCAAGCUGAUUUCGCAAAGGAAAUGCAAUGCACCCAGAUCAUACGAUCACAUACUGGAUGAAAGCAUGUUUUGUGCAGGAAAUCUUCAGAGACCCAGAGCCGAUUCUUGUCAGGGAGACUCCGGAAGCCCACUAACUUGUGUAGAAAAUGGCUCCUACUAUGUGUAUGGCCUUGUGAGCUGGGGUGAUGGCUGUGGGUUAAAAAACAAGCCAGGAGUUUAUACUCAGGUGACAACAUUUCUCAGUUGGAUUAAAUCCAAAAUUCGGUCUGAGUCAAGGUCACUUCAUUAGGAGACAGCUUUGGAAUGACAAAUGGUAAGCUUGAGAUAUUUACUUAUUUUUAUCAUUUCCCCAAAUGCCUUCUCUUCAACCAAAAACGUUAUUGAUAUUUCGUCAUGGCCUACAUGGGGCAUCCUUCAUCACCAUCUUGAAAAUAGCCUUAGAGCGUUUGCUAGAAUGUCAGUGACAGUUUUCCUGUUGGGGUCUUUGAAAUAAGCCCACAUUUUGUAGGCAAAACAGAUCAGAAAGCAAAGCAGCUCCAGUUCUUCCCCAAAUCAAUCAGAACCACACUUGCCAAUAUUUCCAGUUUUGCUUUUCAAGCCCUGAAAAUUCUGCAGGCUCAGCUGCUGCCACCCUUUCCCUCUUACCCUCAUGCCCCUGGCUAAGGUGUGUUUUUUCUGCACUCAUCGGACCCUGACACCUCAAAGCUAUUGGUGUGCGCUCCUAAAGCCAGUGCCGUUUUUCACAUACAUAAAAAUCAUCAUGUACCUAUGUUUUCAAGACUGCGGUCAUUGGAAUUAUCUGAGGAGGGAGGAUCAGGCAGGAGAAGUAUUUUUAAAAGCAUAUCUGUAGGGCAAAUAACCACAAAUUCCAUCAGUGAUGCAUUCCAGAUUAAAAAAGCAAAAAAAUUCACUAUUAGAAUUAGCCACUUUAUUCCUGAUUAGAGGAUAAUUACUUAUUAUGCUCCAGAUCUACAAUGGUAUAUAUGGGCUUAACUUCAAUUCAUACCAGUGAGAUGUAGGGGAUAUUAAAUACCAUUUAAAAAAUGGGUCUAAAGCUGUUGGAUAAUUCUUGGGUUUUCACAAGUUUUGCAAGUCAAAUUGUAUAUUUUUCCCAACGAUUCUGCAACCCUAUACAGAAAUUUGAAAAACAGGAUAUUGGUAUUAAAUCAGGAUAUAAAGAAUAGACAUGUUUGUGAAGAGUCAAUUUUUUAAAAUAGUAAUGUCCGUUUCAUCUGAAUUCCGGGGUUUACAACCUUCUCUAAGCAGUUACCUAAUCUAUCAAUAGCUGCCCCUAUUGCCAUAUUUUCUAACAAACUAAUUCUGAUUUUUUGCUUUGGAAGAUUUGAAAAAGACUGAAGAACUAAUUGUGAUCUGAGUACAUCCUGUUAAUCAAGAACAAAUUCUCUGAUGUCUGCUAAAAGGCAUGCCCUUGGUUAGUCAAUGAUAACUUUGCUUCCACUGGCCUUUGUCUUGUUCAUCUGUUAAACCACCUGAAUCACGCUUUUGUAUUCUGUUAGGUCAAUGGUGCCAAUAAUCCAAGAACAUAAAAAUCUCCAAAGAUUACAAGUAUGGAAUAAGAUUCAUCUGAUUUAUUCAUUACAAAUUAUUUUAUAUUCUACCAAUCAGGUUCAUUCAUCUGUAGUAUAAAGCUGAGCCUGCCAGUCACCUACUACUAAUUUCAUUUACAGCUUUUAAUAAAUAUCAGAUUCUGUAAUACAUACAGUGAUAAAAUAUCCACACAAAAAUAGAAAGAUGUUAUAAAUGCAAUGUUUAGGCUGCUUUUUAAAACAAAAAGUUCUUAGAUGCUUUCUGUUGUUCUUCCCAGAAAACUGGAAAAGCUACAGGAUUUGCAGGACAAGAUGAAAAUCUAUUUGUGUUAUGUCAUGUUUCUGUUUACUUCUGAUACAGCUGCAUUUUC